AUGACGCAGGAGCCCAACAAGAAAGUAUAUUUUACAAAACAGACUGUUGGCAAUGCUUGCGGAACAAUUGGUAUUAUUCAUGCAAUAGGGAAUGCUGUAUCCGAAAUCAAGCUAGGUUUGAUGGGUCCUAUUUUCAUAGAUUUUAUAAACAAACUGCUGAUAUGGAUCCUAUCCAGGUUAGCAGUCCAUCGUGCUGCUUUUCUUGAGGAGGACCAAGAAAUGGAGGACGCUCAUUCUGUUGCUGCUGCUGGUGGUGAUACAGAGGCCAAGGAUGGGGUAAUUGAACAUUACGUUUGUUUUACGUGUGUUGAUGGUGAACUUUAUGAGCUUGAUGGAGGAAAGCCGCAGCCGAUACAUCAUGACCGCGCCUCUCCUGAUAGCUUGUUGCAGGAUGCUGCAAGAGUCAUAAAAACGAGGAUUGUGGAGUAUUCUGAGUCACUCAACUUCAUUGUCAUGGCUCUCUCGAAGAUAUAG